GAAUGAAUCGCAUCGAAUCUUGGAUCUUUCACUUUCAGUCUCCUCCGUACCUAGUCCGGGCUCAUUCGUAGGUUCGAGAAUGAGACAAACAGCGCGAUCAGGGAGGUUGCAAUGAGUCGGUGUCCACUCUCCCACGUACGUAGUAUCAGCUCACCGUAGUUUACUUACUCCAUGGGUCCUCCGCUCCUGCUACUACGUACUGCUUCACUACUGCUACGGAGCAUGAAGCGGAAACGGACCACGGAGAUCCCCUCCCCGCUCGUGCGCCCUCGAAUCUUGAUACCUGCUGUGGCUAGCAUCUUAAUUCAUAAGCCGCAUCUGCAGCUUAGGUCUGCGUACUCCGUCGGCACUGCGCAGGUCAAUACGAUACCCAGGCCAGUUCCACCUGUCAGAUUCAAUCAAGCCACCGAAAGGGACAAAAAAAAAAGUCCCCCAUCCUUACGUAAGAGGCUGAUUCGCGGUCGAUCCUUACGGACAUCCCCUAAAACGGAAUAUGUAGAUCAUUUCGGUUGGCGUGCAGCUGUCGACUUGUCUGGGGCGAGAGGCUCUUUGUGGUGUACUUAGUCGGUGUCGUUAUCUGUCGGUUUCUAUAGUUCUACUGGUCGAGGUAUAAACUGCCGCGGAGGCCGGAGAAGUGCGGACGUAUGCAUCAGUAGUACGCAGCGACGCGGUCUAGGACUCUGUACUCCGACCGUGGUGAGUCAAAUUAAAAUUAAGUAGUAACUAGGCGACUGGGAUC